AUGAGCGACACUUUCUACAUCACCACGCCGAUCUUCUAUCCCAACGGCGUGCCGCAUAUCGGCCAUGCCUAUACGGCGAUCGCCACCGAUGUGCUCGCGCGCUUCCAGCGGAUCGACGGCAAGGAUGUGUUCUUCCUGACCGGCACGGACGAACACGGCCAGAAGAUGCAGCGCACGGCCGAGGAGCGCGGCAUCACGCCGAUCGCCCUGGCAGACGAGAACUCGGCGGUGUUCCGGUCGAUGGUGGAGGAGUUCGGCUGCUCCAACGACGAUUUCAUCCGCACCACCGAGCCGCGUCAUGCCGCCGCCUGCCAGGAACUGUGGCGCCGCAUGGAAGCCAAUGGCGACAUCUACCUCGAUACCUAUGGCGGCUGGUACUCGGUGCGCCAGGAAGCCUAUUUCGACGAAAGCGAGACCGAGAUCGGCGACGAUGGCGUGCGGCGCGAGCCGCUGGGCUCGGAAGUGGAAUGGGUCGAGGAGGAGAGCUAUUAUUUCCGCCUGUCGGCCUAUGGCGACCGGCUGCUCAAGCAUUAUGAGGACAAUCCCGGCUUCAUCGCGCCAAACGAGCGGCGCAACGAGGUGAUCUCCUUCGUCAAGUCCGGCCUCAAGGAUCUGUCGAUCUCGCGCACCACCUUCGAUUGGGGCAUUCCGGUGCCCGGCAACGAUGCCCAUGUCAUGUAUGUAUGGGUCGACGCGUUGACCAACUACAUCACGGCGGCCGGCUUUCCCGACACCGGUGCCGACAAAUGGCGCUAUUGGCCCGCCACGCACAUCAUCGGCAAGGACAUCAUCCGCUUCCACGCCGUCUACUGGCCGGCUUUCCUGAUGUCGGCUGGCGUGGAACUGCCGGAACGAGUGUUCGCGCACGGCUUUCUGAACAAUCGCGGUGAGAAGAUGUCCAAGUCGGUCGGCAAUGUGGUCGACCCGUUCGAGCUGCGCGACCGGUACGGGCUCGACCAGGUGCGCUACUUCUUCAUGCGCGAGGUGCCGUUCGGCAAUGACGGCAGCUACAGCCACGAGGCUAUCGUCGCGCGCACCAAUGCCGAUCUCGCCAACGGGAUUGGCAACCUGGCGCAGCGCUCGCUGUCGAUGAUCGCCAAGAACUGCGAGGGCAGGGUGCCCGACAAUGGCGGACUGACGGACGACGAUGAGGCGCUGAUCGCGGCGACCGGCCCGGCGCUGGAGACCGCGCGCAAAGCGAUGGCCGAACAGGCGAUCCACAAGGCGCUCGAAGCGAUCUUCGCCGUCGUUGCCGAGGCCGACCGCUAUAUCGACGCCCAGGCGCCCUGGACGCUGCGCAAGACCGAUCCCGAACGCAUGAAGGCGGUGCUCUACACGAUGGCCGAAACCGUGCGGCGCAUCGCUCUGAUGACGCAGCCGUUCAUGCCCGAUGCGUCGGCCAGGCUGCUCGAUCUCGUCGCGGUGCCCGUCGGCAAGCGCACAUUUGCCGAUUUCGAGGCGCGGCUGGUGCCGGGCACCGAACUGCCCAAGCCGCAGGGCGUGUUUCCGCGCUAUGUGGAGGACGAGGCGCAGGACGCCUGA